AGGACAAACUAUUUUGUUUGAGCUGGUUCCGCGGAUGACAACAGAUUACGUCAUAAUUGUGCGCCGAGUGAGGGAUUAUUUCAGACGCUUAUUCUCAGUUUCUGAAUUUAAGAUCCACGAAAAUGGCAAUAUUUCCCAGCUCACUGACAGACGAGGAGGAAGCACUACAGAAGAAAUAUGCUAAACUAAAGAAAAAGAAAAAGGCCCUAAUGGCUCUGAAGAAACAGAGCUCCACCAAUCAGACGAGUCAGACAGGACUGAAGCGCACUUUGUCAGAUCAGCCGGUGGUGGACACAGCGACUGCAACAGAGCAGGCCAAAAUGCUGAUCAAGUCUGGAGCGAUCAGCGCCAUCAAAUCAGAGAACAAGAACUCAGGCUUCAAGCGCUCCAGAACACUUGAGGGCAAACUGAAAGAUCCUGAGAAAGGUUCUGCCCCAGCAUUCCUGCCAUUUCAAAGAAGCGUCUCCACAGAUGAGGAGCCUCCUGAUUCUGCUAAACGAGUCCACAGGAAAUCCUUGUAUGAGAGUUUUGUUCUUGGAGAUCGAUCUCGUGAUGAAGAGGGAGGAAUGUCGAGUCGAGAUCCUGAGCGUGAUCGGGAAAGAGAGGUGGAUUGGGAGAGAGAUCGAGAAAGAGACAGAGACCGAGACAGAGAGAGGGACCGUGAAAGAGGCAGGGAGAGAGAACGGGACCGUGAACAUGAACGGGACCGGAGCCGGGAUAGAGAAAGGGACAGAGAACGAGAUCGAGAAAGAGAACGAGACAGAGAGCGGGACGGACCCUACAGACGGUCAGACUCGUAUCCAGAGCGCAGAGGUGUGCGCAAAGGAAACACUGUGUAUGUAUACGGCACAGGUUUAGUGGAAGACAGUUUGCGCUCGGCCUUUGCACAACAUGGAAACAUCAUCGACCUUUCGAUGGACUCACCACGCAAUUGUGCCUUUGUCACCUAUGAGAAGAUUGAAUCAGCAGACCAGGCUGUGACAGAGCUGAAUGGCACCACUGUGGGUGACGUCAACAUCAAAGUCAGCAUUGCCAGGAAGCAGCCCAUGCUUGAUGCUGCCACAGGGAAAUCUGUCUGGGCUUCUCUCGCUGUGCAGAACAGUGCCAAGGGCUCAUACAGAGACAAACGGAGCCAGGUCGUCUACACUGAAGAUUUUUGAAAACCGUUAUUUAGCAUAUGUUAAACUUGUAAACAGGUCCAGCAUUAGAUUUUGUCUACAUACAGCAGACACUUUGUUUUUCAAAGACGUGAUAAAGUAAACAUGUUACUUUUCUGUCAUUUAAUUAGCAGCGUUUACUGCUCAGUGUUUCUGGACAUUUAACUCAGUCAUGGAUUGUCAUUGUGUUCAAUAAAUAAUCAAUAAACUUUUC